AUGAUCAGUUCGGAUGUUGCAUCCCGUCGCGUGGAUAAUCAAAGGUCGAAAGUACUAUCGGGCCCUUCACAAAUCUACCCUGUCAACUUGAUACCUAUAUCUCUUUCGCCCACUGAUGCCAUUGUUAUGCCGAUGUUGGUUCUUGUCCUCUUCAACGACAAACGACGACCCCACAGCUGGCUCAAGGCUAUAGGGGGCUCUCUACUGGCGGCUGACUCUGGCUCUACCGGUCUACACAUCUCCUCCAUGGUCUUACUAGUCUCGUGCAAAGCCGCAGUGGCCUCACCAACGCCUCACCUUCGAUUUUCCAACUCGCCGUGCUCUAGGUGUUUCUUCAGCUCGCUGUGUAUUACGCUGGACCUCUCAUCCCGUCAAGAGAGCCUUUCCUUCGCCGCACCUGUCAUCGCCCUGGACUGUCUUGCUCUGUCUCCAUGGACUUUUCAUCUCGUCAAGAAGAUUUCAUCUCGCCAUUGCCGUCUUGUCAACUUCGCCGCCUCAUUACCCGCCCAUCAACAACGCCUAUUCUUCGCUUCGACUUCAGCGAUCUGUCUACUCACUGUCGACGUCUCUUACGGCGGGCAGACAUUUUUGCAGUCCCCGAAACCGUCACGCCACACAACCCGUUCUCUACAAAUUGCCCCCAACUCGGCCAGAUCGCUUCCUUUUCCUUACCACGACCCAGGGCCCACAUAAACCUCAUUCUCUAUCUUCAAUCUCGCGUGAUCAAAGCGAUUUUGAAUCAACAUGAAUGGACGGAUCUCCUUCUCCUCAACACCGAACGAUGACGCUCCAGCAAGAUGAUUGUGAAAGAAAAAAAAAA